UUGCCACCCCCACCGUCACCACUCCCCUGGGCAUGGGAAGCCACUCCACCCCUGGAGCUCAUACGACCGCGGUCCCCUCCUCCGCCCGCUCCGCUCACCGCCUCGCACUCCUGUGACCCCCUACUCUCUUCCUCUCUCAGUGUUAAAUAAACUCUGAUCCCCGACUCAUUUCCUCCCUCCUUUUCUUCUCUCUUUUCCAUCGCUGGCGAGGGAUCGGAGCUCGGACGACGGCGAUGGAGGUGGCCAUAGAGUCCGGCGGUGUCGCGGGCACGGUUGGAAUCUGUGGCCCUCGCUACAGAGGAACAGUGUCUAUAUAAAUGUAGAGAGAAAGGAAAAAGACAGAGGGAAUAUAAUAUUCUAUUGCGGCGGGGGGAGGCCGAGGGGUGGAGUGGGGAGUUCUUGCUUGCAUUGGAGGGGAAAAGAGGGGGUGGACGCUCGCGCACGGCACGGAUGCCGAGGGGAUCACUUCGCGGAAUCCCCUCCUUCGCCUCCAACGCCUCCUUGCCGUAUGGCGUAAUCCAUUCCCCCGCCGAUAGUUUCUUUUAAAUUCCGCCCCCUUUGGCUUGUUUCGUGCUGGUUUUUGAGGUUUUUGGGCGAGCGGAGGACGAGAGGAGGGCGAUCCGAGCUGAGUCCCAAGUGGGUGCAUCUACUGUGGGCAAUUAGGGAAGACGGGUGGAUCACUUGAGGAAGGUCAGGGUUCGAGAUUUUGAAUUAUUCUCGGGUCUAUGGUUUGGGAGCCGCAGGAUGCCAUCUAAAGUCAUGGAUCAGAGGCGCCUGGCUCCAUUUGACCUGCCCUCAGAGACGUCUUCCUUCUUUUCCGAGGAACUUCCCUUUCCUGCGGAGAGACAGAUUGGAUUUUGGAAACCUGAGUCCGUGCCUGAUCAUCAUGGAACCGAGGGAAUGCCAUUAAUGCUAGGAAGUAAGUCAGUUUCUUCUUCUCCUCUGGAGAAGCUCCAUCUAGCUGCAGCAAACUCUGUGCAAUGCUUAGAACUUUCAUGUCCUGAUCUUUUUAAAGAUCAGAAAGCUAAGCUCGGUCUUGAGCAUCAUCUAAUGGGACCAGACAGGAUUAUUAACACAUCAUUGGCUUCUUGGAUGACUGCUAACCAUGAUUCUGGAUCUCGAUCUUAUCUCUUGGCACAACCUGGAUCCUUAUUUAUGCAGGGGAAUGGAGUUAUCUUAAAUGGGACCUGCUAUGAGAAUGGGCUUUUGUCAAGUUCCUUUUCAGACAUACUCGACAAAAAAUUGAGGUUGUCAUCGAACAAUGUUCCUUUAGGCCAGUCUGUUGAUAUGGUGAAUUCCAACUUUGGGGAUGAUGAGCCUUUUGAAUCAAUGGAAGAAAUGGAAGCCCAAACUAUUGGAAAUCUACUUCCUGAUGAUGAUGAUCUGCUUUCUGGUGUUUUUGACAAUCUUGGUUAUAUUGGUCAACCCAGUGGUGGAGAUGAUAUGGAUGAUGAUAUAUUUUGCAGUGGAGGAGGUAUGGAACUUGAAGCUGAUGACAAUACUAAUGGCAAUAAAACUUCUGAUCUUUUUGGAGGUGGGGCUCAGAAUGGUCAGCAAGGGGGACUAAAUGGCCCAUUUGUUGGUGAACACCCUUAUGGUGAACACCCCUCAAGAACACUUUUUGUUAGAAACAUCAAUAGCAAUGUUGAAGAUGCUGAUUUAAGAGCUCUUUUUGAGGACAACCCUUCAGAGAAAGAUAUUAACCAGGGAACACUGGUGGUAUUCAACCUUGAUUCCUCUGUUUCAAAUGAUGAUCUUCGUCAGAUAUUUGGUGUGUAUGGUGAAGUCAAAGAGAUCCGUGAAACUCCUCACAAGCAUCACCAUAAAUUCAUAGAGUUUUAUGACGUUAGAGCUGCCGAAGCUGCUCUUCGUGCUCUAAACAGGAGUGAUAUUGCAGGAAAGAAAAUUAAGCUUGAGCCUAGCCGCCCUGGAGGUGCAAGACGGUGCAGCUUAAUGCAGCAGUUAUCUCCAGAGUUGGAGCAGGAAGAGCUGAAAGGAGGCAGGCAGGGCAGUCCUAAUAACUCUCCAUCAGAAUGCUUUGGAUCCAUCCCUCUUGGUCCAAUUACGUCAAAUGGUCUUGAAAAUGGAGCCAGCCAGGGCCCACAUUCUGCAGCCCGAGGACCAAUUAAUCCAUUUUUGGAAUCCACAUUUCAUGGAAUAUCCUCCAGUGUACCUCAGAGUCUAUCCUCCCCUGCUGGAAUAGCAUCAGUAGGUAACCCCAACAAUCAAUCCAUCCAUGAUGAGCUCAGCUACUCACUGGGUCAAUUGAGCUUCGGAUUUCAAAGUUUGCAAGGUUACCAUCCUCAUUCACUUCCAGAGUAUCCCAAUGGAUUAAGCAAUGGAAUCCCGUACAGCUCCUCAAAUACUAUGUCAUCUAUCAAUGUCAAUAUCAAUUCCAAGCCUGCUGAGGAAAAUGAUAACAGGCAUUUUCAUAGAGUAGGCUCUGGAAGCCUUAAUGGUCAUUGCUUUGACCAUAGUGAAGGUGCAUUUGGAGUUUCUGGAAAUGGAAGCUGCCCUCUUGAUCGACGUCAGUAUGCUUGGAAUAAUUCAAAUGCAUUCCACCAUCACCCCCCUGGCCCCAUGCUAUGGCCCAAUUCACCAUCAUUUGUGAACAGUGUGCCUGCUCAUCCCCCACCUCAGAUGCAUGGACUUCCAGGAGUUCCAUCUCAUAUGGUGAAUACUGUUCUACCUUUUCACCACCAUCAUGUCGGUUCAGCACCUGCCAUCAAUCCAUCUCUUUGGGAUAGGCGACAUGGCUAUGCAGGGGAUUCCACAGAUAUACCUACUUUUCAUCCAGGAUCUCUUGGAACUAUGGGGUUUCCUGGCAGCCCUCAGUUGCAUGCGCUGGAACUUGCUACGCGCAACAUCUUUCCUCAUGCUAGUGGGAGCUGCAUGGAUCCUUCUCUUUCUCCAGCACAUGUUGGCAUUCCUUCGCUCCAGCAAAGGUGUCACAUGUUCCAUGGAAGGAACCCCAUGAUUGCUAUGCCUGCCUCAUUUGAUGCUCCUACUGAUCGUAUUAGGAGUCGAAGAAGUGAAGCAAGUGCAAAUCAGGGUGAUAACAAAAAGCAAUAUGAACUUGAUAUUGAACGCAUUGCCCAUGGAGAAGACUCUCGAACAACACUUAUGAUUAAAAACAUUCCCAACAAAUACACCUCGAAGAUGCUUUUGGCUGCUAUUGAUGAACAUCAUCGAGGAACUUAUGAUUUUAUCUAUUUGCCCAUUGACUUUAAGAACAAAUGCAAUGUGGGCUAUGCUUUUAUCAACAUGAUCGAUCCUCAGCAUAUAAUUCCAUUUUAUCAGACAUUUAAUGGUAAGAAAUGGGAGAAGUUCAACAGUGAAAAGGUGGCAUCACUUGCAUAUGCCAGAAUCCAAGGGAAAGCAGCUCUUAUUGCUCAUUUCCAGAAUUCAAGUCUCAUGAAUGAGGACAAACGGUGUCGUCCUAUUCUCUUCCAUUCAGAUGGUCCUAAUGCAGGGGAUCAGGAGCCCUUCCCUAUGGGGGAGAACAUCCGGUCCAGGUCUGGCAGAUCAAGGACAGCCGGUGAUGAAGAGGGCCAUCAUGGAAAUCCAUCGACCUCUGCAAAUGGAGAAACUUCUUGCAGUGGAGUGGGCUCUCCUUCAGAUUCCACCAAGGACUUGGAAUGACCAAACCACUCACCCAGGGGAAACUAACCUUAAAGACCAAAACUGUGCUGUAGAUUGCAUCACCAAGUGAGUGAGAGAGGGACUUCUAAUUUUCCUUGGAUUAUAUAUUCAGUAACCGAAGACGGAAAGGCCAAAGAUGCAGGGAGAGCUUUGAGGUUUUGGAUGGACGUAAGAGGGGUAAACAGUGUACAGGAGUUUCGAGAAAGCAAGGACAACAGAAUUUUCACAGUUAUGCGGUUUGAGAAGGUUUUCUCUGCAUUUUCUUUCCUUUUAAUAUUUUGGUUUUGCUUGUGUUUUUGAGUCUGCGAAACCCAGCAUGUGAAGGGCUCUGUUUUUCAGCUGGGUUAAUUGUCCCUGUAGGGGUCCACCUGGCUUAUCAUUAAUAUUACAUGUUUGUUUUCUUAUUUAUACAUCUAUGAAGCAUGAAUUUUGUAGUGCUGGGGUCUACUGCUAUGUCUGCUUUUCAUCAUUGGUGUUUA